AUGUGGCCGUCAGCUUGUCUGUCCUUGAGGUUGCUGCAGAGUCACCUGUGCGCAAAGGUGGUGACUGGCUGCGACGUUCUCUUCUCAUGCACGACACCCCUGGGCACUGGGCUGGGUGCAGCUCUGGCAGAGUCAGCUGGCCCACGGCACCAGCUGGCCCAGUCUGCACUGGAGGGCAGGGCAGCUGGCACCUUUCUCUGUAUCACCUUCUUGGAAAUCCUGUCCCAGGAGCUGGCCACUUCUGAGCAGAAGAUCCUCAAGGUCGUUCUGCUUCUAUCCUGCUUUGCCCUACUGACUGGCCUACUCUUCAUCCAAGUCUAG